CUAACAACAAGCAUUGUUUCCCGAAGCACAGCUGUAACCCGGAUGUUCACGUAGGUAGGCGUGACUGAGUAGCUGAGAGCUCCAAACACGGUUGUUGCAUAUAGCGGCUAUUAGACUGGCGUGGGGAAAACCCGGCUAAAUAUAGACCUGACAUUCGUUAUCCUCUAUCUGUGUGCCGACAGUCCGCAGUGCGUCUGUGCUGGAAUAUCAAGAGACUACUUGUACAUUUUGACUUCACAGUGAAACACAUCUUCUGUGUAGACUGUACAGUGCUGCAGCUUAUCAGCUGAGGACAGUAAAGCAGAACGAGCUGCCUAUCGUCAAGUACAAUGGCGUGCCAAGUUGAGAGAAGACCCCUUGGUUCAUCCACUGCAAACACAAAGAACACCGGCACCGGAAGCAGCGACGACAGGAACGUCAGAUACUCCACCACAGCAAAUUCCUGGAAGAGCACCAGAAGUACCUAUGGCGGCAGCGGUACCUGCAGUGACGACAGCAACAUCAUAAACAGCACCACUACCAGGGACAGCGCCAGAAGUAGCUGUAGCGACAGCAGUACCAACAGUGACGACAGCAACAUCAUCAACAGCACCACUACCAGGGACAGCACCAGAAGUAGCUGUAGCGACAGCGGUACCAACAGGGAUGACAGCAGCGUCAUCAACAGCACCACUACCAGGGACAGCACCAGAAGUAGCAGCGUUAGCAACAGCAAAAACAGCAUCCCUGCCAGCAGGGUCAGCAGAUGGGGCCGUUGCAGAAAGUGUUCCCAGAAAGGUGCGUCACUGGUCUUCUUGCCCUGUGGUCACGUGGUCUGUUGUGCCCAGUGUGGCCUGACGGUGGACUCGUGUAUGGUGUGUGGGAGGGGCAUUCGAGGUUCCAUCAGAGCCGACCUACACGAACACAUAUAGUGUCUCUCACAUAAAGAGCAGUUUGUAUUUUGUAAAGUACCUUAUUACUUAGCCAAUGCAGGGCCUAAUUACCGGAUUUACCUGUUUGUAAUAAUAUUUUGACUUGAAAGUUGACAUUUAACGAUUU